AUGACUAUUACAAAUUUUUAUUUUUUUGGAAAAGUUUGUAGCGAGUAUACUUAUAAUGUACCGCAGGUGGCUGACCCAAACGCGGAUCACCACUGCUGGGAGAGACCCGAAGACAUGGACACACCUCGGAACGCCUACAAGGUGACAAAUCAGAAUCCGGGCUCGGAUGUUGCGGCCGAGACAGCGGCGGCGUUGGCCGCGGCUUCCAUCAUUUUUCAGCGCUCCGAUCCUUCUUACUCUUCCAGACUUCUUCAAACUGCUAGAAAAGUGUUUGAUUUUGCGGACAGCUUCAGAGGAUCAUACAGCGACUCCCUUAGUUCGGUGGUGUGUCCAUUCUACUGCUCCUACUCUGGAUACCAUGUAAGGGCUACAAGCAAUAUUCGCAUUUUUAUUUUCAAUUAUCAUGCAUGA